AUCUAUAUCUGCAUAUAGUACACAAAAUUAUUUUUAUUUACCAUGAUAUGUUAACUUUAAAAAACAAAAUUACAAUGAUAACUAAAUGAUAAAGAGUGCCACAAAUAGACACGUGGACAGAAUUGGAGCAUUUAAAUACACACAUAUUCACAGACACACAACUCGUGUCACUGAUACAAACUUCAGUAAAGACUUUAAUAAAGUUCAUAGACUGGCACCGCUUUUUAUUUGAUGUUCUCAAAUGGCACUAAUAGAUUCUAAUGACUUUACAGGGUCAGAUCUAAAUUAAAAGCAUUUGAACAUUUGAAGCAAUUUUCCCUACACUUGUUUUAUUGUUCUCUCACGUAUCCUUCGUUCUUUCCCUACUGAGCAGGAAAGAAGUGAUGUUGUCAAGGAAACUGUCAUAUCGGAAAAAAAAAUCUCAGCAUUGCUUUAUUGCUCAGUAAAUUGCAUUUGGUAAAAAAGGAACUAAUUCCUAAGGAAAGACUGAAGUAUGAAGAUUGAACUAGAGCCACUUUUAAUCAAACUGUCAAGCUCAAUAUGUAUGUUUUGUGAUGAGUGAUUUUAAUAAGGCCUCAAAGUCGGCCGUUGAGUCUGCUUGGACAAAACAAAAUUGGCUGUCUUUAUUGAAUGUGCAGGCAAUAAUACUGUUUUAAAUCACUGAAGAUGUUUUUGAGACUGUCUCCUCUUUUCACACAUUAAUAAUGCACUAGAUGAAUUUGAAUUGUUACAGUAAUUUACAGUGGCAUACUGAAAUGGCUACAACAAAUAGUUAUUAUAUUUAUUAAAUUAUAAUAACUGUGUAUCAUAGCCAUUUGAGUGAACAAUUCUUCUUAACACCGGUGUAUUUACACAACAGUUAAUUCUAGUCCUUCAGUUUGAUUGGCUAGCAGCACUGGGACUUUUCAUUGUGAAUCACUCCUCUUGUCAGUGUUUGCACGAUUCAGACAGAUUUAGGUCUGUGUGGUGGGGGUUUUUCUGUAGGUUACAGUGUUAUUCCAGUAGGUGGCAAUAAGUGAAUCACUGAGUCAUUCGCUCAAACCUUUUCACACUUCCGCAUUCGAAGAGCGGAAGUUUCAAAUGGUAGCGUAAAAAAAACUUCCGCUGCAACCUGAAUCAAUGGCUGUGCCCAUAGAACGGGAUUGUUGUGAUUUAUUUGUCAAAUUCAGCACAGAUACAUCUUCUAAAAACACUAAACUCAGUUUACAAUCAUUAAUUGAGUAUUGUGAAACCAAGGAAGAUGGUUUCAUGAUAUUCCAAUGUAUAUUUUGUGACUUAAAGGGGAGCACGCGAGCCAUACCCUGCUAAAAAAAAAAACAAUAGAUUGUUUAUCUAUUAUCUAUUCUAUCCCAAUAGAAACCAUCACAGAAAUUCCAGUGGUUUCCAUUAAAAUACCAUUAUAAACCAUUAGCUUUUUCCAGUAAAACCAUUACAAAAUUCCUUUUUGUAGUGUGUUUUGGGCAUUUUUCCAAUAGGAUUUAACAUCCCACUAAUAGAAUCCAUCACAUACCAGUAGACACCAUUAUAGUUUCCAUUAAAACCAAUACAAUUCCCAUUAUAACCAUUAAAUCCAUUACAUUUUCUACUGUGUUUUGGGCAGGGUUCUAUUGAUUUUUUCAGCAGGGUACUGUGUAUAUGCAACACGUCAGAGUCUGAGCACUUUAUUUUAUUACAGAACUGCAAGAAAACAAUACAAACAGCAUAUCACAUUAAAGAGCAUUUAAAUUAACCAAAUCUUAAAAUAUUAAUUACGACUAAAGAAUGUUUUAGAUGAUUAAGCUUUGGGGGAAACGUAUUGCAUUAAACAAUUAUGCUUACAUAUUUCAUGCACUUAAUUUACGAUUCAAUCAUUGAAUAAUUACAUCAACUUAAAGUUGUAAAAUAAAUAAAUAUUUAAAAAUAACUACAUUGAUCAUCUUAAUAACAAGUCGUAUCCUGCGUGAUUGAGUGCAAUUGAACAGCAUUAUCAAUCAAUAAAGAGGUUAAUCAAUAAAUAUAUUGCGAGAAUAAACAAAAUAAUAUUAAAAAAUAAAUGUAAAUCAGCCCGAUUAUUUCUCUGGGAGUAAUUUGAGCAGCGUGCUGCUAUUCAUGACAGGCAACAGCGGCAGUGGUGAUAAUCACGUCGAUCAGAUAACUUAAAACUGCAGUCUGUAACUUUUUUGUGUUUAAAAUUUAUACAAUUUAUAUAAUAAGCGAGUACACCACAAAUACAUUUUCCAAACCGUGUUUUUGGCUUGUCCUGAAUCACUACGGUACACCUAUAAUAAGUGUUUAUAUUCUGACUAUUUUAGACUGGUUUGUGUAGGUACCGCUGCGGAGUAGCCCGGUAGCUGCGUGAUUCAUCAUAGGCAUAAACAGAGAGAAGUAGCUCUGGCGACAAUGUUCUUCCGUGAGACGCACGCAGUUCUGUUUAUUAACCGCUAGAGCGCCAAAAGUUACGGACUGCAGCAUUUAGCAACAUUAAAAUGAAGGAUGACAUACAUGGUAGGGCAUCAGUAUUAAUAAACUGUUUCAAAUAUUGAUGUUUAUUGCUAAGUCCUACUAAAUUAGUUUAAUUUUCUUCACAAAACUGGCGUCUGUCCAUUGACAAUAAUGCAGGCGGAAAUUCCUUUACGCUACUAAUAUGCUGGAUAUGACGACACGCGGACUGUGAAAAAGGUCUAUGUUCAGUACAUUACAGAUUCACUCAGAAAUGAAGCAAGUGAAUGUCUUUGAGUAAGUCAUUGAAUCAUUUACCCUAAUGAUUUGUUCAAAAACUCCAAAGGCAAAAAUAGUUCUUAUUGAUUGGUUUUAACUUCAAACAUAGCUCUUCAAUUGAUAAAUUAUGUUAUACCUACAGGUGCAUCUCAAUAAAUUAGAAUGUCGUGGAAAAGUUAAUUUAUUUCAGUAAUUCAACUCAAAUUGUGAAACUCGUGUAUUAAAUAAAUUCAAUGCACACAGACUGAAGUAGUUUAAGUCUUUGGUUCUUUUAAUUUCCGUUUCAAAUAAUAAUAUAUUUUUUUAACUUUCUAUUUAUUAAAAAUCCUGAAAUAAAAUCUAUAAUCGUUUCCAUAAAAAAAAAAAAAAAAAAUUUAAUUAUUGAUAGUAAUGAGAAAUGUUCCUUGAGCACUAAAUUAGCAUAUUAGAAAGAUUUCAGAAGGAUCAUGUGACACUGAAAACUGAAGUAAUGAAAAUUCAGCUUUGGGAAGCUUUCAGGGAAAAAAUACAAAUAUAUUCGUAUAUACAAAUAUAUAAAUAUAACUAAACUAAACUAAAUCCUAUUAACAUUAACCCUUAAAUUAUAGAUUAUAUGUAGUUUUCAUUCUCCAGUUAGCUAAGAGUUUAAAAAAUAAAAAUAAAAAAAGAAGAAAAAAAAAAACUUUAUCACAGGCAGCCUCAGACCUGCUGUGAACAUUUCAGACUGUUUACAUGCUGAUUUCUGAGCUUAAGUCUGGAAGAUGUCUGUUGACAAAGCCAGGGCUGCUUCUAAAAUUGCCCAUUUUAUUUUAGUAUUGGAGAAAAUUGUUUUGGUUGAUUAUAUGCUGUGUACUCUGUCACAGCCAUCUGUGAGUAUUGAUUUGGGAUGAAAGGGAGUCAUUUGACUAACAAAGACAUGCAUGUGAGAUUCACAUUUUUGUGCAUAUCUGGUUUUGUCUGCGGGAGAGAGUAAAGCCAUUUAAGCACACGCACAUCCAAACUCACAUCCAGACAGAGAGAGAUACAGAGAGCACAGGAAGUAGGACAGUGGAAAAAAUAUGUAAGGAGAGGAAGGAUGAGUAACAGAGAGAGCACAAGAGGGCAGUAGAGAGAGAGAGAGAAAGAGUGAGAGGGGGUGAAAGAAAGGGCUGAACGGGUGGGGAGAGAGAGAGAGAGAGAGAGAUUUUCUCCGCUCCGCCUUCCCCAGAAAACAACCGGCAGCGGUUGGGCUGCUCAGUGCUGAGCGAGCAAGAGAGAGAAGCAGGGAGAGGGAAGCGCUCAGUGCCGGAAAAGGGAAAAAUGGAGCUUUGAGAGCUGCCCAACAGAUCCCUUCCCUUCCAGAGUUAUCUUCUGUCCUCUCUCGUUCUCCCCGCUGUCCGACUGCUGCACUGAAUUCACAGGAUGACUGGUCUCAUCUGAUGCCCAGGCUGAAGGAGUCGCGCUCUCACGAGUCUUUGCUCAGUCCUAGCAGUGCAGUAGAAGCUCUGGACCUCAGCAUGGAGGAGGAGGUCCUUAUUAAACCAGUGCACAGCUCCAUCCUCGGGCAAGAUUACUGCUUUGAGGUGAGCACCUCCACAGGUAGUAAGUGCUUUUCCUGUCGUUCGGCCGCAGAGAGAGACAAAUGGAUGGAGAACCUGCGACGGGCCAUCCACCCUAAUAAGGACAACAGUCGGCGGGUGGAGAAUACGCUCCAGCUGUGGAUCAUCGAAGCGAAGGACCUUCCGGCCAAGAAAAAGUACUUCUGUGAGCUCUGCUUGGACGACGGCCUCUAUGCCCGGACCACCUGCAAGCUGAAGACAGAUAACGUCUUCUGGGGUGAACACUUUGAGUUCAAUAACCUCCCUACGGUCCAGAACAUCACCGUCCAUCUCUAUAGGGACUCGGACAAGAAGAAGAAAAAGGACAAGAACAACUACGUGGGGCUGGUGAGCAUUCCAGUGGGGAAUGUCACGAGCAGGCAGCUGGUCGAGAAAUGGUACCCAGUUAGCCAGCCCAAUCCAGGGAAAGGGAAAACGGCUGGACCCAUGGUUCGCAUCAAGGCCCGGUACCAGAGCAUGAACAUCCUGCCCAUGGAGCUCUACAAAGAGUUUGCAGAGUACACCACCAACAACUACAUGCUGCUCUGCUCUGUGCUGGAACCAGUCAUCAGCGUCAAGAACAAAGAGGAGAUGGCCUGCGCUCUGGUUCACAUCUUACAGAGCACCGGCAAAGCAAAGGACUUCCUGACAGACCUGAUGAUGUCUGAGGUGGAUCGAUGCGGGGAGAAUGAGCACCUGAUCUUCAGAGAGAACACGCUAGGCACUAAAGCCAUCGAGGAGUACCUCAAACUGGUCGGACAGAAGUAUCUGCAAGAUGCACUGGGUGAGUUUAUAAAGGCUCUGUAUGAGUCUGAUGAGAACUGUGAGGUGGAUCCAUCCAAAUGUUCCUCUAGCGAUCUAGCUGAACAUCAGAGCAACCUCAGGAUGUGCUGUGAGCUGGCUUUCUGCAAGAUCAUUGAGUCUUACCGUGUGUUUCCACGCGAACUUAAGGAGGUGUUUGCAUCAUGGAGACAGGAAUGUGGUAAUCGAGGGCGACCAGAUAUCAGCGAGCGUCUUAUCAGCGCCUCGUUGUUUUUGCGUUUUCUGUGUCCGGCAAUCAUGUCGCCUUCUCUCUUCAACUUGACGCAGGAGUACCCAGAUGACCGCACUGCACGCACACUCACUCUUAUUGCCAAGGUUACGCAGAACCUCGCAAACUUCACCAAGUUUGGUAAUAAGGAGGAGUACAUGUCCUUCAUGAAUCAGUUCUUGGAGCAGGAGUGGACCAACAUGCAGCGCUUCCUACUGGAGAUCUCUAACCCAGAGACCAUCUCAAAUACUGCAGGCUUCGAGGGCUAUAUUGACCUGGGCCGUGAGCUCUCCACCUUACAUUCCCUUCUAGCUGAGGUGGUGUCCCAAAUGGACCAGAGUGCUACCUCCAAGCUUGGCCCAUUACCUAGAAUACUGAGGGACGUACAUGGAGCGUUAACAAACCCAUCAAACAUACAGAUGAGCGGUCCUCCUGAUCAUGUGCCGUCCCCUCCAGCCCCUGGAUGCAGCAUCUCCAGUGGAUUACAAAAGAUGGCCAUCGACAGUGACCUACCAGGCCCAAUGGACUUCACUCGCCUUCCUUCCCCCACCCCUGAAAACAAAGACCUCUUCUUUGUUACACGCUCUUCUGGCCUCCAGGGCUCCCCUGCCCGCAGCUCUAGCUACUCCGAGGCCAACGAACCUGAGCUGGGGCUGGCCAAUGGUGGCAAGAGCCUGUCCAUGGUAGACCUGCAGGAAGCGGCCAGGGCGUUAGAACCCAUCGCCAUCUCGGUAGGGAUCACUUCAGAAGGUUUAGGUGAGGGUGCCAUGGUUCCCUGGAAUGCACGGACUCCCCAAGGCAACGUUGCCGGAGGCCCUACUCUUCACAGGCCAGGACAGACUCCCACUACCCCAGGAGCAGAAGGGGCCCCAGGCAGGCCUACACAGCUCUUGGCCCCGCUAUCCUUUCAGAAUCCAGUGUACCAGAUGGCAGCAGGGUUGCCCGUGUCAGCUAGAGGGAAUGCGAGUGGGGAUUCUGGGUCAGAGUGUCACAGCUCCGUCAGUUCCCAUAGCAACAACGAGGAGGGUCUUGGAGGAACCAAACACACGUUCCUUACCCAGGGGGCUUCGGUGGGAGAGGAGUUCGCAAGGCGUUCGGGAGAUUUCUCAAGGCGACAGCUAUCGCUAACUGAUGCACAGCAUGGAAACCAGCCUACGGUUCCGCGACAGAUCAGUGCUGGUCCUCAGCGGCGGAUUGACCAGCCACCUCCACCCUCACAGACUGCGCCCAGAGGACGAACUCCACCCAACCUACUGAACUCCACCCCCUACCCACGGCCUCCUAAUAACACUGUGAUGUCAUCACCCGACUGGCCUGGAAAUGGUGCACGGCUUCGACAGCAGAGCUCCUCCUCUAAGGGGGACAGUCCAGAAACGAAGCAUCGCGCACCACAUAAACAGGCCCCAUCCCCAGUGAACCCCAGCGCAUUGGACCGUACCGCUGCCUGGUUGAUGAAUGUGCCAUAUAUAGAGCAGGAGUCUGAGACGGAGCUUUGCAGAGAUGAGCACACACAAGCUGAAAAGUAUCAGGCGGAGAUCAGUAUGCUGCAGGAGCGACUGCGUGUGUCGGUGCAGAGGCUGGAGGAAUACGAUGCCCGGAUCAAGGGACAGGAGGAACAGGCGCAGAAGAUGUUGCUGGAGUAUCAGGCCCGACUGGACGAGUCUGAGGAGAGACUGAGACGGCAACAGGAAGACAAAGAUCUGCAGAUGAAGGGCAUCAUAAGCAGGUUGAUGUCUGUGGAGGAAGAGCUGAAGAAGGAUCAUGCUGAUAUGCAGGCAGUGAUUGACUCCAAACAGAAGAUCAUUGAUGCACAGGAAAAACGGAUAGCAUCUCUGGACGCGGCUAACGCGAGGCUAAUGAGCGCCCUGUCACAGCUGAAGGAGCGCUACAGCAUGCAGACGCGGAACGGCAUCUCUCCCACUAACCCCACCAAGCUGCAGAUCACAGAGAACGGGGAGUUUCGCAACAGCUCCAACUGCUAAACAAAGACCCACAGAGAGAGACGGAAUGAAGACAGAGGACACGAGCAAGUGUGGAGAUAUUCUGUAAGUGAACACUGAGAGAAAUACGGCAGGUGAGGAUACUGAACAUUGACCUUUGACGGUCUGCAAAGCGAUUGUUGGGAAACGUGGAGCAAGAUCCACUUGAAAGACUACUGUUCAAGUACUUCAUGUUAGGAUACACCACUAGACAUUCAUUCGUGUUUCACAACAACUAACUGUAAAAUAAAAGAAAAAAAAUGAUACAGCUAACACAGAUACUAGGACCUUCUAGCCUGCAAAAAAGUCAUUUCACUUGCUUUAAAAUAGGUGUUCUCCAGCCUUUGAAAAAAAAGAAACUAGAUUUUGUCACAUUAAUUUAUAAUGGUCUCUACUUUAAUAUGAAACAACUGAAGCUACAGAACGAGCGACUCUUUGUGGAGAAAUUAGCGCUCUCCUCCAUAUCUCUCUUCCUGUUUGUUUCUCCGUACAUAGUGCACUUUGUCUCUCCAUCAUGAGAAGCCUUAAAAUGUUGCAUCUGAAACACCCCAGUCCUUAUUUUUAUUUUAUUUUUACAGUUCAGAUGAACAUCUAUGAUAGAUUAUAAUGUGCAUAGAUUUUAAAAAGUAUAUAUUUUACAAUCUCCUUCCACUUUUUUUAGUUUUUUUUUUCUCCUCAGAUAUACCAAGAUUUUGAAUUAGCACAGACUGCUCAGGCAGAGCAGAGUGAAUGUUUUAGACACUAAACCGAACUGAAAUGAUUUUAGUUUGAAGGUUUGAAAACUGCCUUGUGUAGCUCAUGUUUUCUUCCUACAUUUUUGAGGAGAGUUGCUUUUUUUUUUUUUUUUGUGCAUGUUUUCUUCAUGGGUUUUUCUUCUUCAUUCAAAUGUUUUAAGCCUUUUUAAGUCAUUUGUACAAGUGUGUUUAUUUUUGUAUGUGUUGCCUCGUCGGUCCAAAUUGCUGCACACUUUACAUUUCAGCAUUUAGAGUUUGUAUAUUUUUGUAUUUAAUAACAUAUGUAAGGACUCUUCUGCAUUUAUCAUGUUUGGCACUGAGGUGCAGCGUGGAGCUGCUGUUUUCCUUUAAUUCAUUGGUCUUUGGGGAUAUUUUCAUGCAAAGAGAUACAUUAUAAGACAGCCUGUCAUGGGAUGUGUAAGAUAGAGAUGUUAUUUUUAAGGGGAAUCCUCUCUGUAUAUGGGAGUAUUAUGUUAAUAUUAUAUAUAAAGCAAGGUUCACAGGAACUGCAAAGUGAACGACGGCUGAAAUGCUGGAUCAGAUUGAGACACAGCAAUCUAACAAGCACACACCACAUCUCUCGCCCCAGCUUCUCAAAUGCUUUGAAGACUAUGCACUUUUUCCCUUUGUCAUGUCCACUUGGGUUUACAUCACUCUACAAACAUGUAACAAACUCAAGGUUGCUCAUUAUUAUUAUCAAGCCAGGGAGGCUUUAAUUUGUCAUUUAGUUUAAUUUGUAGCAUUAUCAUUUGCGCCACUGUAACCAUACACUAUAAACAAAGGUGCACAUGCAGUGUAGACGUCAUGAGAUUAGCAAUUGGAUUGUGUUAUAUACCACAACCAAUCACAUGCUCAUUUGAUGCCCUGGUAAAAUAGUUUUGCAUGUACUUAAUGCUUCAGCACUGUCUGCAUAAGGAAAAUUAGUAUCUAGAGUUGUUUAAAAUUCAUUUGAUCAACUUUUAAACUUGGCUUGGGGCUCGUGUGGUUGCACAAAAGGGAACCAGUAUUUAUUUUUCACAAGUUUUCUCUUACAGACGUGGAUGUCAGAUUCUCUGUUUGUUCAUGUUCUGUUUUUAAUGAGGUCUGAGGUUUUGCAGAGUCAUUACGUCUAUUUUCAUCCACAUGAGAAGCUACUAGUGAGUAAAAAAAAAAACAGAAAAGAAAUAGUAGUUUAGAGCAGUCUUGAAUGAAAAAGACUUUUGCUGUCGUCGCGGUUCUUUUCAUCAGAUGUGUCUUUAUCUGGCUUCAUUUCAGUUCUCAAAGUUUAGGAAACUUUUGCAAGUAUUUGCGAAUCUUUUUUUUUUUUUGUUCUUCUCCAAGCAGUCAAUGUGAAAUAGUAGCUAUGUGAAAUAAAUAAUAUAAAGAUAUACAAAUAUAUAAAUGAAUACCUACAAUAUGUUGUAUGUUUUAUAAUCCUUGUAGAAAAUAAUUUUGUAAGUAUGUUUAAAGUAAAGUAUUGGCUGGACUCUUGCCUUGUUUUAGGACAAUGACAAGAACAAUAAUGUACAGAGAAAUAUGUCCAUGUUAAGAACUAUACAAUUGUGGCUGUGCAAUUAAUGUACAUUUGCAACUAGAGUAAUUAAAGUUUUUAGUUAUUUUAUA